GUAUACCGACCCCACAUCGUUCACCACAUCGCCGUCCCCCAAGAGAUCAAAGCGCAGCAGAUCCGGAACAAGUCCAAGAGGUACUUCUCGGCCGAAUAGGAGAUGUGCGCCCGUUACACGUACCUUUUAUCUGCACACGUAUGUCGACAUCUCGCAGCGCUCCCUAACGCUCCGGUCCCGAUCUUCGACAUGAUCUUCGACAUGAUCUCCGACGUGAUCUCCGACGUGAUCGCACAGGCAUCGCGGAAACUUGAAAACCGGCAUUGGCAUAUUCGACGGCGAUGGGCCAAUCUAUAUAUAUAUAUAUACCAUUUUUUUAAACUAUCAAAGAUACCUACACUAGGCAAGAAGGCAGGCAGGCAGGCAGGCAGGCAGGCAAGCGAGCGAGCAGGGGAAGGAAACGCGCCGAGGCGACUAUUACCACCAUCAUCACUACUACCACCACUACCACCACCACCACCACAAACACGACGAUGGCAUGGUACACAGUACACGCGCGUUCGAGAAUAUAUAUGCACCACAUUUGACAAGCGUUUGCCGUUUACCUUAACCUUCGCAACGGGAGAGGAUCGCGGUGGAAAAGCAAAAACUCAGGGGGAGUGGGGAAGACGAGAGGGGAUCCGGACGCCGGAUCUGUUAUAUCUUAUAUAUCUGCCUGCCUCAUCUACCUGUACUAUGAAGGCCGAAUCAUACCAAUUUCACGUUGACCUCGCUACCCUGAUGCCUACUAGGGUAUUCCGAAUGUCUACAUAGCUUUUUCAUGUCGCUGCGCGGUCCCCCCCUCUCCCCUAUUUCGUUUCCUACGAGGGGGGCCAGGGGG